AUGCUGUCCCAAGUCCUGCGCCAUAUGCACUUGCGAUUGAUACCGAUCAUUUGUCUUCCCCUGAUUGCUGUUGUCUUUUCCGCUCAAACCUCUAUGAUCUCUAACAGCACUUUCCUGGAGAGAAUCGUCAGUCUCAAUACCUCCAGCCAUGCUCUUUCGCCGCCCUCAAGUCUCCCAGCUCUUGCGUACACUAACAGCGAACCCCACUACACAUGCAAGCUCCCUUACACGCCCAUGUCCUUGAACUACACCCUAGGCGCCUCCAUCUCCAAGUCGGCCAUAGGCGCCCUCCUCACCUCUGCCCAACGUCAUAUUCAAACCCAGCUUAACAUGGGCCAUGGCUCCGACCGAAUCCAAAACAUCCUUCCGGGCCGGUUCUGGCGUUACAAAGCUGACUUGGUACUCUAUGCGAACGAUUUGCAAUCUGAGCGUCGCGCCUUCACAUGGAGCGAACUAUUCCAGGCGAUUGAUUUGGUGAGGUACUGCGGGUUCGACAGGGGAGUAUAUCUGGAGAUGUUCACGGAUGUUUACAUACGGUAUACAUGGGUAGGGUCCAUUCGGGUCAAGCUUUCGAGAGGACCUUCGCUUGGUGGCCAAAUGAAGACGGAUCUCAUAAAAGAAAGUAAUCAUAGCCUCGCUUCCAACGAAAAUUGA